GCGCGCUCUUUCUAAUGUUGACAUUUUGAACAAAAUUUCUGUUUUGAUAAAAAAAAUUGCAAUUUGACAAAAAUCAACAACGUUUUUAAAGAAUCUGACAGAAUGACAGGAGGCAGCCAGAAUGAGUUAGAAGAUAGAUUUGGUUAUCUAUUACAACCAAUACGUGAUUUAGCCAAGUCGUGGGAAGUAGACAUUGCCAGUUAUCUUACAGAUUAUUUAGAUGAGCUGGAUAAAGUUACUAUUACAUUUGAUGAUGGUAAAACCACCAUGAAUUUUGCCGAGGCAGCUCUGUUAAUUCAAGGAUCAGCCUGCGUUUAUAGUAAAAAGGUUGAAAAUCUAUACAGUUUAGUUUACCAAGUCAUGGAUGUCAUAUCCAAUAAAAAAAAUAAAGGAAAGAAGAACAGUCAGAAUCAAGAUGGCAGAGAUGGAGAUAAUUUUCAUGAUGAUGAUGAUGAUGAUGAGUUUCUGUCACUGGAUGAUUUUCCUGUGGGUAAAAAUAUCACAAUGAGAGAAGGGGACAAGACAAUAUUACCUGUAAAACGAACACCGUUAGCCAUUAUACCUCUAGGUAAUUCAGAACGGGGUCAGAAUCCGUUAUUGAGUAAAAAGGGUGAAGUAUUAGGCAGUAGGGAUGAUUUUAAAAUGAAUACUUGUUAUAUUCAUAAAACAGGAGCCAUGUUAUUAGAUGUUAGUUAUAUGAACUUAUUAAGUAUAUCUUUACGUCUACCUGCUACUAUUGAAUUAGUAAGUCACAGUUCUGAUACGAGUAAACAAACAGAGUCAGGUGACCAACAAGGGCAACAACUCUCUAAUACCAUGGGAGGACAAGAUGGUGGAGCAAUGGAAGAAAAUGAAUUACCACCUUCAGAUGUUUCAAUGGAUGGUCCCCAGUUAUUUGACAAUGAUCAAGAUGAAAAUUCCCCACCCCCAGAACAACCAGAAGUUAGGGAUAGAUUAAGACCUAGAAAAACUGUUGUAGAAAAUGUCGUCCAGAGAAAACCACUCAGUGAACUAUUUGUAGAGUUAGAUCCGUACAGUGUCUCGGAAAAACUUGAUAAAAAUAUUGGCAGAGGUAAAAUAUUUAAAACGCCAGCAGAGUUAAAAGAAGAAGAAACAUCCAAGAAACGAAAACGUCGAAAUGUUUCAGACAAAACUAGAGUUCCUAUAUCAGUGUUUAUACAGAAUACAUGUUUUUCCCAUCAUGAGAAGUACACGAAAACACCGUUCAAUGCUCCUACAUUCGCAGCGUUAGAAAAUCAGUUCUGGAAGGAACAUUUACGAAGAAAAGAAAUAUGGGCCAAAGAAAAAAAAUUAUUGAGAUCGUUAAAUUCUAAACAGUUGGAAGAGUUUGAGAAUGACAGAGAAGACAUUGUACCUCAAGAUAAUGAAUUUGGUAUAGAGAACGAUGAUGAUGAUGGAUAUGAUGCGCCACCUGUAAUGGAUGACCUCCCUCUAAUAGAUCCAUUAACUAAUCAUGAUUUUACUAUACAGAGAGAUGAAUUAACUAGCUAUGAAGAACUAGCUAGACAACAUAUUGAAAAGUUUAUGGCGUGUGGUAACAAUUUUCAUACAUCAGAAAUAGCUCAGAAAGUAGCAGAAUGGGAAGAGAGAAUUAUACCUCGUUUAGAACAGGAGGAGCAACGAGAUCCGUUUGAUAUUCAUGUCUAUGGAACAAAAAUUCUGGAUAGUUUAUCAUCGAAAUCUAAAAUUAAAUUUGCUAAAAUAGUACGAGGUCACAGUGAUUAUGAAGUGUGUAGAAUUUUUUCAGCUUUACUUCAGUUGUUUUUGAGAAUUUUUAUAUCUGGCCCUAAACGUGCUAUAUCCCAGCCGUAUAUCAAGUCUGAGGUUAAUGCCAUGAAUGUAAAAAUCCAUAAGGACGAUAAUUUUCUACGAGCCAUGGACAAAUUCGAACUUGAAUUAUUAUCAACACGACGUCAUCAUGAAGAGCUGGCCAACUGUCAAUAUGAAGUGGGCGGAACACAAUCUAAUAUAAGCCAAUCGGAAUCCGUGCAAUGA